GGGCGCAUGCGCAGGAGGCCGGCAGCGCCCAGUGACUACAUUUCCCGUCAUCCCCCGCGCCUCUCCCGGACUAGAACACCGGGCGGUGGAAGAGAGAAGACUACGAGCUCCGUCCGUCGGUGAAUUUCCUCCCCUUGCUGUGUCCUUUAUAUCCUGCCGGUCACCAUGAAUCUGGAACGAGUCCCCAACGAGGAGAAGCUGCAGCUGUGCCGGAAGUAUUAUCUGGGUGGAUUCGCGUUGCUGCCUUUCCUCUGGUUGGUAAAUGUUCUCUGGUUCUUCAAGGAAGCUUUCUUCAAGCCGGUCUACACAGAGCAACCUCAGAUACAGAGCUAUGUGAAGCGAUCGGCGUUCGGCCUCUUUGUGUGGGUUGUGAUCCUGACCACCUGGAUCAGCAUCUACCAAACCCAUCGAGCCAGCUGGGGGGCGACCGGCGACUACCUGUCCUUCACAAUACCUCUGGGCAUCCCCUGAUUGAUGGGCGACUGUGACCUUCCACACGGGACCACCUUCCGUCCUCCAGCAUUAAACCGCUUUCUGCCCAGAGGGCCGACACUAAUGACACUGCGACCAAUACCUGGACUAAUUACCUUACCUCAGGGGGGGCUGCAUUGUUGAUCUGAAAUAAAGGACUUCAUGAGUCA